CUCGUCGCGUUUUCCGGGGGCCGAACCUGCUCCGCGGCCUUUCUAGUCAGCCUUGCAGCUAAGCGAGCGAGCGCGCGCGGACCCCGCACCGGCUGCGGAGCCCUGAUGGGCCCGCCCGGCCCCGGGCCCCGCGCCGCACGAGUACCGACCUAGAGCCAGACUUGGAGCUACAAGAUGGCUGAUCAGGAUCCUGGGGGCAUUAGCCCCCUCCAGCAAAUGGUGGCCUCGGGUGCUGGGGCUGUGGUCACCUCUCUCUUCAUGACGCCACUGGACGUGGUGAAGGUUCGCCUGCAGUCUCAACGCCCCUCAGUGCCCAGCGAGCUGAAGCCCCCCACCAGAUUCUGGAGCCUCUCUUACGCCAAAUUGCCCGCCUCUCUCCAACCCACAGGGAAGUGCCUCCUGUACUGCAAUGGGGUGCUGGAGCCUCUGUAUUUGUGCCCAAACGGUGCCCGCUGCGCCACCUGGUUUCAGGACCCCACCCGCUUCACCGGCACCAUGGAUGCCUUUGUGAAGAUCGUGAGACACGAGGGCACCAGGACCCUGUGGAGCGGCCUCCCCGCCACCCUGGUGAUGACUGUGCCAGCCACCGCCGUCUACUUCACCGCCUACGACCAGCUCAAGGCCUUCCUGUGCAGUCGAGCCCUGACCUCCGACUUCUACGCGCCCAUGGUGGCUGGGGCUCUGGCCCGCUUGGGCACCGUGACUGUGAUCAGCCCCCUGGAGCUGGUGCGGACGAAGCUGCAGGCUCAGCACGUGUCAUACCGGGAGCUGGGUGCCUGCGUCCGGGCCGCCAUGGCUCAGGGCGGCUGGCGCUCUCUGUGGCUGGGCUGGGGCCCCACCGCUCUCCGGGAUGUGCCCUUCUCAGCCUUGUACUGGUUCAACUACGAGCUGAUGAAGAGCUGGCUGAGUGGGCUCAGGCCGAAGGACCAGACGUCCGUGGGCAUCAGCUUUGUGGCUGGCGGCAUCUCAGGGACGGUGGCGGCCACCCUGACUCUGCCCUUCGAUGUGGCGAAGACUCAACGCCAGGUCGCGCUGGGAGCCGUGGAGGCAGUGAAAGUGUCGCCCCCGCGCGCUGAUUCCACCUGGCUGCUGCUGCGGAGGAUCCGGGCCGAGUCUGGCACCAGGGGGCUCUUCGCAGGCUUCCUCCCAAGGAUCAUCAAGGCCGCCCCGUCCUGCGCCAUCAUGAUCAGCACCUAUGAGCUGGGCAAGAGCUUCUUUCAGAGGCUCAACCUGGAGCAGCCUCUGGGCCCGUGAGGGGAGCCAGGGGGUGGGGCCCGGCUCCUCCAGGGAUGGGGGCGGGGCGGGCGGAGACUGAGCCAAGUGCCUUGUCCUCAGGGAAGGGGCCUCAUUUCUUCCCUCUCUCGAACCUUGCCCCUUCGGGCACACCACGCCUGCCUCAGGCAGCCUUCCUGCCGGUCCCAGGCCCCAGGGAUCAUCACUCUUCCACCCUCCCCUUUCAAGUUCAAGACCAAAUCUGUUACCUGCCCCCCUCGCCCAUUUCCCUGUGUGUAUUGUGGCCGGCCCGCCCUGUUCUGUGAGUGUAAAGAUGAUGAACUCCUC